AUGGCAGCCAUUUUUAAACCGCUGUUGCUCACUGCUGCUGCCUGUCUGCCACUGCAAAGGCAGAGUGAGAGAAGGAAAAAUAGAAGAAAAAAAUAAUAAACCAACAGUAUAAAUAAUACAGUAACAAAGAUGAACGUUGGUGACGAAGGGAAUUGAGAAGAGAAGAAGGAUUUCACGCAGAAACACGCAUUAACGACAUUAGUAUAGAUAUAUAUAUUCAUAUAUCUAUACCCACACACACACUCAUAUAUAUUCAUCCGCAUUUGUUUUCUAUACGUAGAGAGAGAGAGCGAGAGAGCGCGAAAAAAUAAAAAAAAUAAGAAAAACCAUGUAAAAUGUAACCUGUCUAAUUCGCAAAAAGUCAAACACCUCGGCGCGGUUUGCGGUGGAUCUACCGCAAGUCCACAAGUCAAAUAAUAAACAGAGCACCAGGUACGAGUAAAAUCUGACAAUUACGGGGUGCAUAAGGGGCCGUUUGUGUGGAAGAAACUGCAGCAAAAGGAAGAUAGAUUAGUGUGCAGAGUAUCAGCAGCAGCAGUGCAGCAAACAAGAAGAGGAGGAGGAAUAAGACGAUGCAAAUACCAAAGUCGUGAUAAUCCCGUCGGAGACGGUAAUCUAGCCGAUCAACUGAUGCCCCUCGGAUUUUAAGGGGGCUGCGAAAGAGAAACCGUGUCGAGAAAACCAGGAACAGGGAUUAGAGAUGACCAAGAACUGUCAACACACAUCCCUCGCAGCCAGUUAGUGAUUGUGUUGUGUUAUGUCGUAUGGCAUGCAUAUGCUGUGUACUUCUGUGUGUGGCUAGACGAUAAAUCGUGUGGCGAAAAAUGGGUAGAAUAAACACCCUCCGAAAACCGCGAUAAUAAUCCUGAUUUUUCCUUUCGUUGUGACGUCUCUUCUCGGUUCCGUCGGCAAUUUAUACUCGUGCGGUUUAUGCGAGUUUUUCAAACAAAAGAAGGAGAAAUAGAACAAAUACACCCCCUCAUCCACCCCUACGUGAUAGGGAAAAGAACGAAAAAAAGGAUCAUUGAAAAACUUGAGAGCAGAAAAACCCGACGACGACCGUCUCCGUCGCAACUCUCGACAGUAAGGAAGACAGAGAGGGAGAACGAGAUAAGUAGCAAUAGAAGAAAAUAGUUCCUGGGUGAAAAACCGGGACUAGAGUCGUCGUCGUCGACGGCGCCGAGAGCCGAACAAGACCGCAAGAAACACAAUGGUGUUAACAUGCGACUGGGGAAAAAGUCUAACUACGACAGUCGAUGCCAGAGCCUCGACCUCCACCGCCUCCUCCUCUUCCUUGGAGAGAAUUGUAGAAUGCGAAUGUUUCUAAUAAACAAACUAAUCUAUAAUAAUGGCAGAUAAUGUGCACAGAAAGUCGCACAGCAAACACUUGGCAGAUAGCGUUAACAACAGCGUUAGCAAUAGUAGUAAUAGUAAAAAAUUGUCCUCGUCACCCUCUUCGGUCCUGCAUCGCACAACCUCAGAGACGAUCAGGAUCGGUGAGCCUGACAAGUUCCUCCAGCCGUUGGUACCAGGCCCGACGACGUCGACCCCUGUCCAGAACAAUGUCGCCACAUCAGCGUCGUCGGGCGGUCAGUGCAGAAAGAAGACGUCGUCGUUUCAGAUAACCAGUGUGACGGUAGGCUGUAGAAUGAGUAACGACGCCGGCGAGGAUUCGAAUGACGAUCUGGACGAGUCGCAUACCGAAGACAAUUCUGUUGAACACUCGAGAGUGACUGAUAUCGACAUCGAGACGCCGAGCUACUCGGAGGACACCUUCUCCAAGGAAGAUGUCUUUUUCAACACGAGCAACGCUGCCCUCGGUACUGCGCCUGUCAUCCCGACGAGCUCUCAGUACGGCCUUGCUAUCGUCCCAUCCGAGGGCGGCGGUGCUAGCAGUUCAACCAGCGAGAACAACAUCAAUGCCCUGGAUAUCGGCUCCGUGACGGACAAGAACAUAAUAAACCUUCUAUCAGGCGGCGCGAAGCAAGAUCCUGAUAUACGCGAGGUCCAUUCGCAUGGACGCAACGAACGCUUCAAAGUCGUUAAGAUCGAGAGCACGGAACCCUUCAAGCGUGGCCGAUGGACCUGCAUGGACUACCUCGACCACACCUCCGUUAACCAGACAACGGCAAUUAAUUCUAUCAAGCUCUCAGGGCCGAACGAGGUCUGUAUAUCGUACGGCAUCACCGAUAGCGGCAUCGUUGUCCCCGAGGGUAUGAAACAGCAGCAGCCGGAUACCGAGGGCGCGAAAAGUGUGGAUUCCAACGGGCCAAUAUCGCACCAGGAGAUCGUUGGGGGUGCCGCAUACUCGGUGAAUAGUACGUCGCUCUCUCAGCAACAGCAGCAGCAGCAGCCGAACCAGCCGCAAAUACAGCAGCAGUCAAACUCUGCUCAGCAGCAGAUUCCUCCUCAGUACUUUCAGCAACAGCAGCAACAAAUGUCGCAGCAAACACAGAAUCAGCACGGCGGAGGCGCGGCGCAGGGCGCGACUCUGCCAGCGAAUCUAGCACCUGCGUCACACCCCGGGAACCUUGGCCAGCCUCAGAGCAUGCCGCAGGGCUCAAUUCCGCUAAUCGCGCAAACCGGGAACAGCAGCAACAACGGAAUCACGAUAGCGACGAACCAGCAAAACCUUCAGCAGCAUCCUGCUAAGGAGGAAAACUAUGUUACAGUCAGUCCACAAGCUCCACAGCCGCAGCAGAACGUAUGCCAGACACCCACUGUCCAGACACCGGUUGUGCAAGGACAUCCAGCCGCUGCGUCUUCACCAGCAGCUCAAACUCCGAACAUCAUGGUCACUGGAGUUCCACCACCUCACCAGCAACAGCAGCAGCAGCAAAUGUCCGAAUCGAUGGCAGGUAUGCAGAGCGUGCAGAACAUUCAGCAGCAACAGGCUGCGCCAAAUAUCCACGUCUCCGCUACGCCAGUUAUGCCGCAGGCACAGAUUCAGUCUCAGUCAUCGGGCCAGAAUGUCAUUUCGUUUCAUCAUUCCGAUAACGAACAGGAUCCUGCUGUCGGUAUUGCUGCUCCUGUUGUUACUGUCGUGCCUCCACAAUCCGCUGACGCAACUCUGCUCGAAUCCCUCGCCGAAGUCACUCAGGGCACUGACGAACAUCACGCCCUCGAAGACAAUGAAAGUAUGUCCGGGACCAGCGCAGUCGCCAUUGACAACAAAAUCGAACAAGCUAUGGAUUUGGUCAAAAGUCACCUUAUGUUCGCGGUGCGGGAGGAGGUCGAGGUGCUGAAGGAGAAGAUUGCGGAAUUAAUGGACCGGAUAAAUCAAUUGGAGGCGGAGAAUUCGAUACUGAAAUCGCACGCGACGCCAGAGAUAUUGUCACAACUCAGCAAUACUCAGUCGACGCAAUCGGGCAAACAGCAGCAACAGCAACAGCAACAACAACAACAACAGCAGCAGCAACAAUUACCCCAAAACAGUUCUGGAAAUGGUCAAUAGAUAAAAUCUGUGUAGAACGAUAUACGAUAGACAAGCUACGGAGAGAGACGCAUUACUACUAUACAUAUGCAUAUAAAUUAGUUUCCAUUACAAAUGAAUACACUUUGAUGUAAGUACGUUUAACAAUCAAGAGAAGAAGAAAACAUUAAACUAAGCAAAUGGAAAAAAAACAUACAAAUAUUUAC